CAGCAUUAGGAAAUGACUGUGACAUUAUCGAACAAUGUGACGGAGACUGCGCAGUUUUGUACUGUUCCACGAUUCGUGAUUCCCGAAUGCUCUCUUUCAUUCCAUCGUCAAUAUUCGAAAAUCUAUACGGCCCGUUUUAGUGCGGCUCAGCCGGUGCUUAGCGCUGCAGCCACUCGGCAGUGGGCUGCAUUCGAACAUCCUAAUCAUGACCAGUUACCAAUUCGCUCUCUGAACAGUCUGGUAACGGACGAGAAAUGCGUUAUUCUUGGGACCUUGUAUAAGGAGAUGAAACUGAAACCAAGUAUUCUUCGCGACCUAGCCAAUUCGGAGUUUGGUCAGGGCGGUGUCCAGCUCCAGGGAGAUACCCUCAAUACGCUGAUGUCGUCCGAUGACAGCAUAUUCCUCGAGGAUAAUGUACAGCGCAUUCGCGUGGUCAUGGAUGGUCUCAAUGGGGUGUCUAUUACAAACCUGGCUACCGGUGUGGUCGUGGCGCUUCUCGGAGUUGAACCUGAACAUGCGCAAGGGUCGUUUCACGUGGAAGACAUACUAUUUCUCGAACCCCAACCGGAAAAACCGAUCUACAGUUUGCCAACAAACACAAAGCGUGCAGAUUGGAUGCGGUUCCAUAUUUCUGGUCCUUGGCUGGCACUUGUAUCCGGAUUGGAUUUCAACGGUGCUGGACAAACCCGACCGGGUCACUCCAUGGCUCUCCAGCUAUUGGCCGACUGGUUGCGUUCUGCGGGUGAUUUACAUCCGUCAACGGAUGGUGUCGGCAUCGUUCGUCUGAUGAUUCUUGGUGACUCUGUUCAACUUCCGACUUCAACAGAUGCGACUUCGGGUCCAACCCACCUCACACAACAGGCGCGUUACUUAACACGAAAUGCAGAUGCAGGUAGUGUGACCGCCAUGGCCCUGUUGGAUUCAUGGUUAUCUACGUUACCGCUUGGUCCCGGACACGUCCGUUCCCGCACCGCUGCGAAUGGGCUUCCAGUGGAUUUGUUACCUGGUCCAUCAGAUGCAGCGUCUCAGCUGCUCCCACAACAACCUAUUCACCCGUCCGCAUUUCCACUUGCGGUGGCUCGCGCCGGUGGCACUGGCUGCGGUGGGCUCUGUGGCCGAACAAAUCCCUACGCGUGUUCUGUGUUUGGACGGAAGAUAUUGGCUACCUCAGGUCAAGGAGUGAACGACCUAUCGCUUUAUACUGAUCUUGAAACUCCAUGUGAUCGGAUGGAAGCCACGCUACUGUGGGGACAUCUUGCACCCACUUGUCCAGAUACGCUUCCCGGUUAUCCACUUUUGAAAAAUGACCUAUUAUUGAUGGAAACAUCAUCUGCAGACAGCAGACUUUCUCCGGACUAUCCGGACAUCUACGUUGCUGGAUGUCAACCGGGGGAAAAACCGUCUUGGAGACGUGCACGGCUGAGUUGGAAGGACAGAUCUUUGAAACCUUCUGUCCACAAGGAACCAUGCGGUGCGCUUUUGGUUGCCGUCCCGCGGUUUUCCCAGUCGUUUUCUAUUGUACUUGUUCACUUGGAAACCCUUGACUGUCGUGUUGUACAUUUUGAUAUCAGUGCUUUCAGUGACGAAAACUGAGCACUCCUUUUCGUGUUUAUAUAUAUCGCGGCCAGAUUAUUUUAUCAACCAGAUGUUGAGUGUACAAAUUACACUGGUUGUUUUUCUGUAUGAACAUUGCCUCCGUGAAUUUUGCUAUUUAGGGGGAGAUUGGUUUCGUAUCAAAAUUUUAAG